AUGGAAAGCGUGAAUGUGGUGCGAAGUCAGAUUAUGGAGUAUAGGGCAUCCCAUGACCCAGCCAAAAUAUCUACUGCCGUGGGGGUUAUGGGGGAGGCUGUCUCCUACGCGGGACAUCCUGUUCGGUGGAAAAGACCCAAAUUUGGGGUAAUCAAGGUUAAUUGUGACGGCGCCUGGUGUGCAUCAACAUUCCGAGGAGGCUAUGGAUGGGUGGUGCGAGAUUUUGUUGGAAUGCUGCUUGCGGCUGGCGGGGAAGGGGGUCUUUUCUUCAAUAAGGCGGCCAUGGCGGAGGCUAGUGCUGUGCGGGCAGCUUUAAUGGUUUGCAGGGAGCGGGGUUUUGCGGAGGUGGAAAUCGAGUCUGAUUCACAAGGGCUUAUUAGCAUGCUUAAAGGUGAGUAUGUCAUUGAUGCAACACUAGAAGGCUUACUCUAUGAUAUUAGGGCCUUGGCGUCGCAAGUUGGCAGGGUGAGUUUCGUGUUUGUUAAGCGGAAGGGAAAUGCCGCGGCUCAUGCUAUGGCCUUACAUGUAACCUUAAUGAGAGGCUCCUUCUGUUGGGAUGCCCAUGGACCAGAGUUUUUAUUUAAUAUUCUAGCUGAAGAUGUAAACAUUCCUAUUCGUAUCUAG